AAAUGUGUCAAUGACAAUGACAAAAGUGGAAGUGGGACGUUUUUCGUUUAAAGAUUUCGACUUUUCGUCACGUCAACAAUCAACAUACUACAGAAAUAUAGCACAUACAUAUCAGUAAUUUAAUUAGGAAUAAGCAUACGUUCUACUACAAAACAAUAUUGCUUAGUAAAUUUCCUGUUGAGACUUAUAAUAGUUCAAUGGUGCCAUAAUUCUUAUGUCCUCGACCCUUGUCACCUUGUCUUUGCAAAUUAUAUAUUGUUGAUUGAUCGAGUUCACAAUAUUAUUGUGCGGGCAUUAUGAUUAAGUAUUUAUAAUGUUUCAUAUUUUAUUCAUAGUAUAACAUUAUAUGGUCGGGAACCGUUGUUUUGUGCUUGAAUCGCGUUAGUAUUUACAUAUAAAGGCAAGUGUUUAUUUUCUGUCGGCGAUAGCAUUCGAAUUGCAACUGAAAAUGUUUUCUAAACUGCCGAAAUCAUGCGAUACAUUCGUUGUACUGCCGCCGCUGACCAAAAACAAUUUAGUGGUGUUUGGAAAGAACUCAGAUCGUCCACAACAUGAAGUACAGGAAGUGGUUCUAAUAAAGGGUGGAAUCAGGGAUCCAAAACUCAAGUGUACUUACAUAACCAUAGAGGAGAGCUCCACGCCACUGAACACAGUCAUUUUAAGUAAACCUGCAUGGAUGUGGGGAGCAGAGAUGGGCGCUAAUGACAAGAACGUGGUGAUCGGCAAUGAAGCCGUGUGGACCAAUAAUAAUGAAGGGGAAGGUGAUGCUAGACCUAAACGCCUGUUGGGCAUGGAUUUAGUGCGACUAGGUUUAGAGAGAGCAGAUACUGCAGAAGCAGCAUUGGAUGUUAUUACUUCUCUUCUUGAGAAGUAUGGUCAAGGAGGACCAUGCUCUGAGCAUGACGACAGUCACUUCUAUCACAACUCUUUCUUAAUCGCUGACUCCAAAGAGGCUUGGGUUCUUGAAACCAGUGGCAAACUGUGGGCUGCUGAAAAAUUAAAAAGUGGCUAUAGAAAUAUUUCUAAUGGCCUCACAAUAACUACCAAAAUUGAUAAACAGUCAGAAAAUUUGUUGGAGAAAGCUAAGCGCAUGGGCCUGUGGGAUGGUCAAAGUGAAUUCAACUUCACAAGAUGUUUUUCAUCGGGUGGUGAUGAACUGAGGCAGCAAGAAGGAGAGAGGUUGUUAAAAGAGGCAAGUGUGUCAUCUGCAUUUGAAGUAAGGGACAUGAUGAAUAUAUUGAGACAUAAGGACAGCCGUAUUUGCAGAAGUUGUGAUGACACUUUUCCAACUCAAGGAAGUCAGGUUUCAUGUAUCUCAGGGGCAGGCAUAAGUGUGCAUUGGUUCACUGCCACACCGGAUCCCAGUGUGUCAUAUUUCAAGCCUUUUGUCUUUACCCAGAAGGCCCAAGCCUCUCCACAUAUGGUCAGCCCUGAUGAGCCACUUAGAGAACAUCUCCUAUACAAACUACAUAAAGAAAACAUUGCAAAGGGGGACAACGAAAAAAUCACCAAGAGUCUCCAAAAAUAUGAAGAAGAAUAUAUUGAAAAAAUGGAAAAGUAUUUAAAUAAUCUCCCUGCUGGCCAAACCACUGUUGAUGAUCUUGACAAUCUACUCAAAGGCUGUGUGGAGACUGAAUUGAACUUGUAUAAAUAAUAAUUAAUCUCUUGUGUCAAUUUAUAAAACAAAGGCCUUGUUUGAUCUUUGCUUGAUAGGAAUUAGCUAAUAGAUUAAUCCAUAUAAUUAGAGCGAAACUUGUAUGGCUUUAUGUGGCUGUUAAGCCUGUAUUUAUCCAAGUUCGUGAAAUAGCCGCGUAUUCUAAAAAUUUGUAGCCAAAAUGUAAGUCUGAAUGUCCACAAGUAUCUUACGUAUGUAUGACAAAAAAAAACUGCGCAGCUAGAGCGGACGGCAAUGUUAGUAUAUCAUUGACACCAAAGCAACUUUAUAGAAAAUGUUUAUGACUUAGAUACUUAACAGUUAAUAAUUUAUUAUAAUAUAAUUUUGAUGUAUUUCUCUGAUAAAAUGUUUAGAAGCACGAACUAUGACAUACUUAAAGUAAUCUUUAUCAUUAUUGUUUGAGUAAGAAAAUUAAAUAUGAAAUAAGAAAGCCAAUUUAGAAUAAAUGGGAAUUAUUUAUAGGUAUUAUGAACCACAGUGAAUAAUAUAGGGGCGAUUCUCUGUAAGCUCGUAAACGGCUGUCCGGACCGAUUUUUUCAAUAAAUAGUUUAAUUCUUAUUUAAAAAAUCACAUUUUAUGAAACUUUAACUCUAAAGCUUCAUGGGCCCUUUGUUUUUAUAACCAUAAUUACUUUAAUUUUUUUUUCUAAACGUUAUAGAAGCUCUAAAUAUACAGUCCCCUGGCUGUCCCUUUCACUGCAUUCACACCUAGAAAUGCGAUUUCCGAAAAACUUAAUGAAACUACAUUCACUUGGCAGUUAAUAUCACAAACAAAAAUAAUGAAAUUAUAUUAUUUUCGUAAAACAAGCACUCAUUACAACUUUAUUCAUUUUAAUAAGCUCCUGUAAACUUUGUCCUGAGAAUUUUAAUACAGUCCUCUGCCAAAAAUUUAAAUCAAUAUUUAAAAAAAACUAUAAUAUUUUACAAUCGUUUUAUUAGUGCAACGAAAUGCAAUUGUUGUGAAGUUGGCAAAC